UCGACUGCAGGCGCUCGAGGACCAGGCAUCCUCUUCCUGUCAUCCUCGGGAGGAAGAGGAAGCAGGGCGCAGUGGGAUCCAGGGUAGACAGCAGAGGCAGUGCGUGUGAUGGCGGCCCCCGGUGUGCUGACUAUGGACCAUCGCGGGCUUGCUUGCCCGUUCUGAAACUUGCUGGGCAUGAUUGUCCUGUUUCUGACAAGAAACUGAGGCUUUAGGAUGGGGGUGGCUUCAAGGACUCUUGGAGCUGGGAUGGCAGCACAGCCAGGUUGACUCCAAGGAGUCGCUUUCCAUCACCGCAUUCACCGUGGCAUCUCCUGGGGGGACGUCUGCUUCAGCGUGGGGGCCAAAUAUCAUAAGCUGAAGUUUGGGACAGACUUGAACCAGGGGGAGAAGAAACCAGAUCUGGCAGAACAAGUCUCCAAUGGCCCUGUGGAGUCGGUCACCCUGGAGAACAGCCCGCUGGUAUGGAAAGAGGGAAGGCAGCUUCUUCGACAGUACCUGGAAGAAGUGGGCUACACAGACACCAUCCUCGACAUGCGGUCCAAGCGUGUACGCUCCCUGCUGGGCCGCUCACUGGAGCUCAAUGGGGCCGCUGAGCCUAGUGACGCGGGCCCCCGUGCAGCACCAGGCCCUGGGGGGCUCAGUGGCGGUGAGUCGCUGCUGGUGAAGCAGAUUGAGGAGCAGAUCAAGAGGAAUGCGGCAGGCAAAGACGGCCAAGAGCGUCUGGGGGGCUCGGUGCUGGAGCAGAUCCCCUUCCUGCAGAACUGCGAGGACGAGGACAGUGACGAGGAUGACGAGCUGGACAGCGUGCAGCACAAGAAGCAGCGUGUGAAGCUCCCCUCCAAGGCCCUUGUUCCCGAGCUGGAAGACGAAGACGAGGAGGACGACUCAGAGGAUGCCAUCAAUGAGUUUGACUUCCUAGGCUCAGGAGAGGACGGGGAGGGGUCUCCAGACCCUCGGCGCUGCACUGGAGAGGGGAGCCCCCACGAGCUCGAAAGCCGUCGUGUCAAACUCCAGGGAAUUCUGGCUGACCUUCGGGAUGUGGAUGGGCUGCCCCCCAAAGUGACUGGCCCACCUCCUGGCACGCCUCAGCCUCGGCCUCACGAAGGUUCCUUUGGCUUCUCCUCAGACGUCUUCAUCAUGGACACUAUCGGGGGCGGGGAGGUGAGCCUGGGGGACUUGGCAGAUCUCACCGUCACCAACGACAACGACCUCAGUUGUGACCUGUCUGACAGUAAGGAUGCCUUCAAGAAGACGUGGAACCCCAAGUUCACCCUCCGCUCGCACUAUGAUGGCAUCCGCUCCCUGGCUUUCCACCACAGCCAGUCGGCGCUGCUCACCGCCUCCGAGGACGGCACGCUCAAGCUCUGGAACCUGCAGAAGGCAGUCACGGCCAAGAAGAAUGCUGCGCUGGACGUGGAGCCCAUCCACGCCUUCCGGGCCCACAGAGGCCCUGUGUUGGCAGUAGCCAUGGGCAGCAACAGCGAGUACUGCUACAGUGGAGGGGCGGAUGCCCGCAUCCACAGCUGGAAGAUUCCAGACCUCAACAUGGACCCCUACGAUGGCUAUGACCCAAGUGUGCUUAGCCAUGUCCUAGAGGGCCAUGGGGACGCAGUGUGGGGCUUGGCCUUCAGUCCCACAUCUCAGCGCCUGGCUUCCUGCUCUGCCGAUGGCACCGUCCGCAUCUGGGACCCCAGCAGCAGCAGCCCAGCUUGCCUCUGUACCUUCCCCGCAACUGGCGAGCACGGGAUCCCCACCUCAGUGGCCUUCACCAGCAUCGAGCCUGCCCACGUCGUGGCUUCCUUCCGCUCUGGCGACACUGUACUGUAUGACCUGGAGGCUGGCAGCGCCCUCCUCACACUGGAGUCCCGAGGGAGCAGUGGCCCAAGCCAGAUCAACCAGGUGGUGAGUCACCCCAACCAGCCCCUCACCAUCACUGCCCAUGACGACAGAGGCAUCCGCUUCCUGGACAAUCGGACAGGUAAAUCCGUGCACUCCAUGGUGGCCCACCUGGACGCAGUCACCUGCCUAGCCGUGGACCCCAAUGGCGUGUUCCUGAUGUCAGGAAGCCAUGACUGCUCCCUGCGCCUGUGGAGCCUGGACAACAAGACGUGUGUGCAGGAGAUCACAGCCCACCGUAAGAAGCACGAAGAGGCCAUCCAUGCUGUUGCCUGUCAUCCCAGCAAGGCCCUCAUUGCCAGUGCUGGCGCUGAUGCCCUGGCCAAGGUCUUCGUAUGAUGCCACCUGGCCCCGCCCUGGCCACCACACUGGCUGGGGAGUGGGCCUGGCAGGUGGGGCUGAGGUGGCUACCAGCCUGACUCUGGGGGUCAGAGGUCGGCCUCUCCCAGCCUGCCGUGGAGCCUGGCGGUGCUAACAGCCCUUUCUCCAGGAACACCUGUACCCAGUCUGGGGAUGGGCCCCUUUAGGAGUUGCCCCUCGAGGAUGGCCUCGGGGUUCUGCCCGUGCCCUGAUGCCCACUCCCGGUAUCUCCUGCCUCCUUGGGGGCAGCACAGCCAGGUCCAAGUAUUCUUGGGGGUCCGUUUUUCUAAGAUGCCGGGAGGUACCAGGUGCUCCCUUGAGCCCUGCCCCUCCAGGCCUGGCGGGAGCUGUGCUGGGAGGGGUCUCCAGGGGCCACUCACAGGGCCCCCCUGCUUUUCAGACACUAAUCAAGCCUCCCCGGCCAUGGUCCUGCCUGGGGAAGCAGCGCCUAUGGCCCUCCUCUGAGAGUGGCCCUUCCAGAUCCCCACAGUCCCCUGGAGAGGGAUAGCCUUCUCCAAGGGCCUUCUUGAGCCCCUCCUUAAGGUGUUGGAGGGUGGAGUAGGGGCCCCUGGGCCCCCCCAUAACUCCCUGUAUAUCUGUAUAAAUAAAUGGGAUUUUAAUGGCGCCCCACCCCGUUAUCACUGUGUGAUGGUCUGUCGGUCUCCUGGCUACACACUUCACCUCUAUUUAUUUCACUUUCUUCGUUUGGGUUUCACCCUCUGCCCACACCCUUGAUCCCCCUCCAGGUUCCUGUUUAUAAACCCCAUCCUCUCUGCCCCUGAACUUGUAUGUGAAAACUUGUCUCAAUAAACCCUUUGGAGUAAGA